ACACGUGGACACCAACUCUCUUGCCACCUUACAAGCUCUUUCGAAUUUCGAUUCACUACAUAAUACCUCGUUCAAAUUUUCUUAGUGCACAAGUUACUUAAAUACAUUAUAUGUUUCAUAGAGGAUUGUUCUCCUCAAGAGUCUUGACAAUCAGAGCUUUUUCUUGGUCCUCUUCUUCUACCAUUACCCACCUGAAUUCUCUCUUUCCAAAAUAUUUCCCCGUUCCCCAGAAGUGUCCCACUAGAGUUUUUGACAGAAUGGCUUCACAAGGCCAGCAAUUCCCUCCCCAGAAGCAAGAAACUCAGCCAGGAAAAGAGCAUGCUAUGGACCCCAACCCUCAGUUCACAAUCCCAGAAUACAAACCUUCUAAUAAGCUCCAAGGGAAGAUAGCGCUGGUGAGCGGCGGCGAUUCCGGGAUCGGCCGAGCCGUGUGCCACUGCUUUGCUUUAGAGGGAGCAACCGUUGCCUUCACAUACGUGAAGGGUCAAGAGGAGAAAGACGCUCAGGACACUCUCCGAGAGAUUAAGAAAGUGAAGACCUCGGACGCCAAGGAUCCUAUGGCUAUCCCAGUUGAUUUGGGUUAUGAUGAGAAUUGCAAGAAGGUUGUGGACGAGGUGGUGAAUGCAUACGGACGGAUCGACAUACUGAUCAACAAUGCUGCCGAGCAGUACAUAACCAGCUCUAUUGAAGAGAUUGAUGAGGCAAGGCUUGAGAGAGUUUUCAGGACUAAUAUCUACUCCUACUUUUUCCUAACCAGGCAUGCUUUGAAGCACAUGAAGGAAGGAAGCUGUAUAAUCAACACAACAUCGGUUAAUGCAUACAAGGGUAAUGCCAAGUUGCUGGACUACACGGCAACUAAGGGAGCCAUAGUUGCCUUCACCAGAGGGCUUGCACUCCAGCUUGUGGAGAGAGGAAUACGUGUCAAUGGUGUCGCUCCUGGACCAAUAUGGACUCCAUUGAUUCCUUCCUCUUUCAGUGAAGACCACACGGCUAAGUUUGGCUCCGAAGUGCCUAUGAAGCGAGCUGGCCAACCUGUUGAGGUUGCACCCUCGUAUGUCUUCCUUGCCUGCAACCACUGCUCCUCUUACAUAACUGGCCAAGUCCUCCACCCUAAUGGUGGGACUGUGGUGAAUGCUUGAAGUGGACCGCUGAAAAGAGUUUUGUGAACUUUGUCAAUGGCUUUUUGCCUGUUUUUGUCCCUUGUGGAAUCGUAUAUGUAAUUAUUCAAGUAUUUUGGUUUAGAUUACCACAAAUAAUCAAAGUUCUAAGCUUUUAAAUAUGUAAUGUAUAGUGCUUCACCAUCUAUGAUGACUUGUACAAGUACCUAUGGUUGAGCUGAUGAUAAUGUAAAAAAAUAAACGUAGCAGCUUCUGAGUAUGGUUUGCUAUUCUUUUA